AUGCAGAGCCGGGGGCCCUGCGCGCUGCGGCUGCCGCUGUCCCCGCUGCUGGUGCUGCUGCUGGGGGCGUGCACCGCUGUUCCUUUGGCGCCCAGACCCUCCAAGGAGGAGCUGACACGCUGUCUGGCAGAGGUGGUCACUGACGUGCUGACACUGGGUCGGACCCAGCAAGGCCCCUGCACGGCUCUGCUCCACAGAGAGAUGUGCGAGGCAGAGCCCUACGGCUGCGUGCCCGCCGAGGAGAAAGGCCUGCUGGCUGGAGAUUUCAAGAAGCGGGAGACUGGGAAGAUGAGGUCCAGCCAGGAGGUGCGGGAUGAGGAAGAGGAGGCAGCCGCGGAGAGGACCCACAAGUCCGAGGUGCGGGAACAGGCCGUCCACACGCAGCUCCACGGCCGGCUCCGCCAGGAGGAGGACCAUGAGGAGGAGGAGGAGGAGGAGAAGGAGGAGGCAAAGAAGAAGAGGAGGCUCAUGGAGACCUUUGAGGGCCUGUGGAAGCAGCACCUAGCGGAUGGAGGGGACCCUCAGAAGCGGAUGGCAGAGCAGGCCAGUGAUGAGGAGACAGCCCAGUUCGAGGCCGAGGAGAAGGGCGUGCAGGUGCUGGGCCGGGGCCGCAGCCUGUGGCAGGGGGCCGAGGGCGGGGGAAGAGAGAGGCAUGAGGACCCGCUGCACCACCACCACGGCCAGCCGGAAACCCAGUCCAAGCAGGAGAAGGAAGAGGCUUUGGAGAGAGAGGAGCAGGAUGUGGAGCGGCUGGAGCACAUGAGAGAGGAGCUGAUGAAGGCGACGGAGAUGCUGGGGGAGGAGCUCAGGAGGGAGGGCUGACUCCUGACCUCACGGCCUCCUUCCGCCCUACACACCCUAUGGCUCAGGACUGUUGACCACAGCCCCACCUCCCCUGGUGCCCCACUGCACUCCCCAACGCAGGGGUGGGACGAGCUGAGCCUUGGAACCGGG